AAUAACGUCAGUGUUAAUCAAUUCUGUCAAUUCUGCAUCAGAAAAAUAAAUACAUAUAUUUUUCCCAAAAUGAUUGCAAACUUAUUAACAUUGAUAAAGAAAACGUUACCAAGUUUUUCAAAAAGGCACUUCCACGCGAGUUAUAACUUGAAUCGCGAAGAAAAACCGGCAGACGUUCAAAUAGAUGAUCCAUUUUGUCUUAAACCUAUCGAAUACGAGAGCCACACCUUAAGGAAGCAUGAUAACAGCAAGAGGCAGCGACUUUACGAGUUUGGUCUUUACGUCGCUGCUUGUAUGCCGAAAUUUGUCCAAAAAAUCGAAAUGCAACAUACAGAUGAACUAGAUAUACUAACGUCUCCCGAAGGAUUAUUCCCCGUUCUGAGUUUCAUGGCGCAUCACCAACACGCUUGUUUUAAUCAAUGCUCUUACGCAACUGCCAUGGACGUGCCGAGUAGGGAGUAUAGAUUUGAAAUUGCUUAUAAUCUUCUAAGCUUAAGAUUUAGCCAGAGAGCUCGAGUUAGAAGUUAUACAGAUGAAGUCACUCCGUUACAUUCGGCGUACAGCCUUUGGGGAAACUGUAAUUGGCUGGAAAGGGAGAUAUAUGAUAUGUUUGGAAUAAUAUUUACAAAUCAUCCAGAUUUGAGGAGGAUUUUAACUGACUACGGGUUUGUUGGUCACCCUCUUAGAAAAGAUUUUCCUUUAGUUGGCUACAUCGAAGUAAGGUAUGAUGAUGAGUUCAAGAAAAUAGUCUAUGAACCUGUUGAAUUUGCACAAGAAAUGCGCAACUUUCAACUUCAUUCGCCGUGGAAUUAUUUAAGCAAUUUUCAUGAGGGUUACAACUGUCCUGUUCCUGAAAAAAAGGAAGAAAAACAAUCUUAGUUUGCCAUUAAUUGCUUAUUAUAUUAUUACUUACAGAAUAGAAAUUAUUUACCGAAGAAAUAAAGACUAUUAUUUUAACGUUGA